CUCCAGGUGUUAGUUCGUUGGAGACAGUGCUGGCCCAUCUCAUCUCCCAGCUGUUUGUCAUCAGUAUCCAGGUCAUUCUACUACUGCUCUUAAUGCUGCUCGUCUUCAAGAUCCCUAAUGAGGGGAGCCUGGUGUUGGUUAUAGCUCUGAUUGGGCUGCAGGGUGUGACUGGCAUCUCCUUUGGUCUGGUCAUCUCAUCCGCCAUCGAUGACGAACAGAACGCCAACCAGGCUGCCCUUGGUAUCUUCUACCCCAACCUCAUCGUUAGUGGUAUAAUCUGGCCUGUGGAAUGCAUCCCCUAUCCACUACGUUACAUCAGUCUGGCCCUGCCCCAGACCUACGCUUCUGAAGCCCUACGAUGCAUCAUGUACAGAGGCUGGGGUCUCUCCAGGAUGAUGGUGUGGCGAGGCUUCGCUGUCACCCUGGGCUGGAACACUUUCUUCGUCAUCCUGGCCAUCGUCAUCCUCAAGCUGAGGACCUGAGACGUCUACCUGGGG